AUUUAUAUUCUGAAGGGCCACCCAAUAUAUAUAUUCUAACGUUUUAUUCUUUUUUAAAAAUUUCUUUUCUACGGCGUAUAAAUCAGUCGAGGGUUACUAGUUUGCGAGUGCGAAAUAUCUCUGUAGUUUGAGGGAAUUGCGGAUCACAGGCGAUCGGCAUAAGCAGGUUGUCGUCGAAUGUUUUUUUUGGUGCCUUGAAAAUAUAACGCAAAUUGCUUGAUGUGGUGCAGUUUUGAUCAGGUUGAAGAUUCUGUGCUGGAGAGAGCAAAAUUCAGAUUUUGGUUAGUUAGUUAGAGUUGGGAUGGAGAACCUUGACAGUAAUGAGAUUGGAAACGGGAAUGCAUAUGAGACCUUGAUAGAUGACAAUGGCCGUGUAAAGAGCAAAGAUCAUGGCUGGACUACUGUUGUGAACCCCAAACGAAACCGGAAGAAUAAUGCCAAGGAGGCAAAUCCUGUUGCAGCUUCGGAGAAGAUAAAAUCAAAUGGAGAUGUUGGGAAAUCUUCAGUUUUUCAGUCUCUGGAACAACAUGGAGAGGAAAGACGAAAGAAGGCAGAGGUGCAGAGAGCUGCUGCAAUGGCAAGUGCUGGACUUGGCAGUGAAAGUAAUGGUAAAAUUGCAGGUUCUGGUUCUGAUGAGGAUAGUGAUGGUGACGGUGCCAAUGGGGGCAAGCUUCCUGAAAAUGGUGAAGAGAAAAAGCCUAAACAGAAGAAGCCUAAGAAGCCUAAGGUGACUCUGUCUGAAGCAGCAGCGAAAAUUGAUCCUGGCAAUUUAGCUGAUUUUCUUACAGAAGUCACGGAAUCAUAUGGAAAUGCACCUAAUGUUCAAUUAAAGCGAUUUGCGGAUUACUUUGCAAGCGCAUUUGUUGCUGUUAAUUCUGCACAGUUUCCUAUCAAUAAAAUACUGAAAGAGUCUACUGUAGCCAAGCUUGCAGAAACACCUCUUUGUCACAUUUCUGAAGCUGUUUAUAAGACAUCAACAGACUGGAUCAAUCAACAGCCAUCAGAGGCUCUGAAGGAAUUCAUGUUGUGGGCUCUAGGUAGCGUCUUGCAAGAUGUAGCCACUCAUCAACCAGGCCACAAAGGAUCAAAGCAAACACAACCGGUUCCAGUUAAAGGAGCGAUAGCGAUAUUUGUGGUCUUAGCAAUGCUAUUGAGGAAGAGGCCUGACCUCUUGUUGCAACUCUCAUCAACAAUGAAGACUGAACCACAGUUUCAGGGCCAGGACAAAGUGUACAUGAUUGUUUGGGCCAUCACACAGGCAUGCCAAGGUGAUCUGGCAAUCGGAAUGUCAUUAUGGGUUCAGAAUCUGCUACCAUUAACUGUUGGGAAAACAAGUACACCACUUUCCAGAGAUCUAACUUUACAAUGGAUAGAAAGUUGCAUCCUUGAAAACACGAAGAAAGCUCGGCAAAUUUUAUUAAAUAAUCCAAUCAGAAAGGGUGAGCGGUUGGUUCCACCACCUGCACUAAAUAUUUUGUUGCAUUUGGCAUUUCCAUCUGAUUCAGCCCGAACCAAGGCAACUGAAAGGUUUGUGGCAAUAUAUCCAUUUGUAAAGGAGUUAGCUCUUGCAGGGGCUCCCAGAAGUAAAGCAACUAGACCAGUAGCACAACAGCUUUUGCCUUUGAGCCUAACUGCAAUAAGUGAGGAGAACCGGCCCUUAACAAACGAAGCUGCUGAUAUCUUUAUUUGGUGCCUGAGUCAGAAUUCAGAUUGUUAUAAGCAGUGGGAAAAACUUCACAUUGAACACAUAAAGGCCAGCACAGUUAUAUUGGAGAAGUUAACUUCUGAUUGGAAGAACAUCGUCUCAAGGCUUAGUCCAACGGAGGAUUUGAAGAAAACCCUCAAGUCUUUAAGAUCAAAGCAUCAACAUGCUCUGAAGAGUGAAGAGGGAGAUGCUAAACUGGAAGCUUCUCUGAAGUCUGCUGACAAAUAUUGCAAGAUAAUCUUGGGACGGCUUUCACGUACAACUGCAUGCAUUAAGGCAACUACCGUGACAACAAUUCUGGUGGUUUUAAUUGCAUUCUGUAUCAUGCUUGCAAUGCCGAGUCUGGAAUCUGUAGACUGGAAAAAGUACACAUUGAUGUUAAGUGAAAGCUUUUCAUUUUAGAAUUUUGAACUUCAUCACAGAAUGGGAAUUCAACUUCCCUUGGAUUUUGUCCCAUUCUUUUUUGGAGAUAUUUUUUCUUGAAUAUCUUCAAGAUGGGUUGUAAAUCUGGAGAUAAAAGAAGAAAUCGUAACCGACUUUGAUAGCAAAUAUCUUUUCCUAGAAAGGAUUUGAAUUUUGGUUGGUAACCUCUGAUUCACAAAGCUGAACAGAAAGGACCCUUUCGGCUAAUUUGCAGCAUCCCAGUGAACUUCUCUGAUUAGAUGUUAGUUUGAGAUUUGUAUUGCUAACAUUGCAGCAGGCAUUCAUUUGCUCAUCUGAAUUUGUAUUUGGAAGUGAGAUAUCAAUAAUAAUAAGGUUUCAUUUUAGAACA